GCGUUGGUUGACAAAUAUUUAUAUAAUGUUUCAACGAAACAGAAUUAAAAUAUAUAGUCAGGUUGUAAGCUUGUAAAGUCAGUGCUCAGUUGUGUUUUGACUGUUGUUGGGGUCGGUCGUUUAAUUCGUAACAAAAUGUGUACAACAAUUCGGAAACAGUUAGAUCGUGAUGGUUACGUGGUACUGGAGGACUUCCUCCGUCCGGCGGAAUGCGACGAGCUGGUGGCUGCUGGCAUAGAUCUCACCAAACAGUCCCAGGACACAUCACACAAAGCCAUAUUCUCAACCACCGAAAAUAACAAACAGCAACUAAAGGACGACUACUUCAUGGAGAGUAACGACAAAAUAAGAUUUUUCCAUGAAGUCGAUGCCUUCGGUCCCGACGGAGAGCUUCAAGUGGAUCCGGCAGUUUCAUUAAAUAAGGUUGGUCACGCGUUACAUCUCCUCCAUCCCAUAUUCAGAUGCUACACCUACAGCGGUAGAGUGAAAACUGUAUGCAAAGAACUAGGCUUCCAAGAUCCAGCGGUCGUCCAGAGCAUGUACAUUUACAAGAAUCCAGGUUUAGGAGGAGAAGUGAUUGCCCAUCAAGAUGCCACAUACCUUUACAGUGAGCCAACACCAGCUGUGGGCUUUUGGAUAGCUCUGCAGGACGCGACCGUACAGAACGGCUGCCUCUGGAUGGCCAGCGGUUCACACAAAUCUGGAGUCCACCGGCGACUUCUUCGGAAAAACAACGACGAAUCGAGACCGUCCCUUGAGUACGACAGACCAGCGCCUUUCUACCCUGAAUCAAGUUUCACACCCGUGCCAGUCAGUAAAGGCACCUGCAUCCUAAUACACGGGCUCGUGGUACACAAGAGCGCCCACAAUAAAUCCGAUCAAAGUCGCCACGCCUACACCUUCCACGUGGUAGAGAGACACAACAACAAAUAUUCCGAAGAGAACUGGCUUCAAGAGGGAGAGAACGCGCCCUUCGUCAACGUUUACACGACGCCACAGAUUGUUUAAUUAAUAAAUAAAUAGUCCAAAUAUUACGUAGCUCAUAUAGGAAUCAUUCAAUUUUUAUUUACACCGAGUGGCCAUACAUUCGUCUCGUUCUAACGCUGAGAGAAUGAAUCAGCUAUUAACAUUUACAUGUGAUAUGCCGCAUUGUGACUUUCAUUGUGAUAAUUUUUAUUAAUAAACGAACUUUAUGUCUGUA